AAAGGCAGACCGCUGGAUCUUUUGGCGUUUGCGUUUCGCUGUGCGACCAUAGAUAGUUUCGGUUUCAUCAAACCAUUCCCUUCGUUACUCCGUCGUAGUCUUGAACCCUCGAACAUCAACUCCUUGGAUCGUCUCUCUGAUGGCCGCCAUUUCGACUGCUUCAGCACCAUCUCUUCGCAGCUUGAGAUCUUCAUGUCCCGAAUCUGCUCUCGCCAUCGGAUCACGGAAGCUUCUGUCGUUCCCGACGAAGAUUUCUUAUCCGCUCACGCAAUCUACGAACAGUAUCCAUGACGAGUGUAAGAGAAUGGUGGUCUCUGUUCGAAGUGUCGAUGAGCAGAUCUCUGACAAAUCGUUCUCCGCCCCUUCUUCUACAACUCAAAAAUCAAAGGUGAAGAAGCACGCCAUUUCGGUAUUUGUUGGGGAUGAGAGUGGAAUGAUUAACAGGAUUGCGGGAGUAUUUGCUAGGAGAGGAUACAAUAUUGAGAGUCUUGCUGUCGGUCUAAACAGAGACAAGGCACUCUUCACCAUAGUUGUCUGUGGAACUGAAAGGGUACUUCAGCAAGUCAUUGAGCAGCUCCAGAAGCUCGUUAAUGUUUUAAAGGUUGAAGAUAUCUCAAGCGAACCACAGGUAGAGCGUGAACUAAUGCUAGUAAAGGUUAAUGCACAUCCAGAAUCCCGAGCAGAGAUUAUGUGGCUAGUUGAUACUUUCAGAUCGAAAAUCGUGGAUAUUUCGGAGCACGCAUUAACUAUUGAGGUGACUGGAGAUCCGGGAAAGAUGAAUGCUGUUGAAAGAAAUUUGAGAAAAUUUGGAAUCAGAGAAAUUGCCAGGACAGGAAAGAUUGCACUGAGAAGGGAGAAGAUGGGUGAAUCUGCUCCAUUUUGGCGAUUUUCGGCAGCAUCCUAUCCAGAUCUCCAGGAGCAAGCACCUGUUAGUGCUCUUCAGGGUUCCAAAAAGGGAAGCGUGUUCUCUGAAACUGAUUCAGCUGCAGGGGGAGAUGUUUAUCCAGUCGAGCUGACUUCUGACCUCAUGGUAAAUCAUGUUCUUGAUGCUCACUGGGGACUUCUUAAUGAAGAAGAUAUGAGUGGGCUCCGGUCCCAUACUCUGUCUUUGCUUGUAAAUGACGCUCCAGGAGUCCUUAAUCUUGUUACUGGUGUAUUUGCUCGAAGGGGCUACAAUAUUCAGAGUUUGGCUGUGGGACAUGCUGAAACUGAGGGUCGGUCGCGCAUUACAACAGUUAUUCCCGCUACUGAUGAAUCAAUCAGCAAAUUGGUGCAGCAACUUUAUAAACUUGUAGAUGUGCACGAGGUUCGUGAUCUCACACAUUUGCCGUUUGCUGAAAGAGAAUUGAUGCUGAUAAAGAUUGCUGUGAACACUGUUGCCAGAAGGGAUGUCCUGGACAUUGCUAGUAUCUUCAGAGCAAAAGCUGUUGAUGUAUCUGAUCACACAAUUACUCUGGAGCUUACAGGGGAUCUAGACAAGAUGGUUGCCCUGCAGAGGUUGUUGGAGCCUUACGGAAUUUGCGAGGUUGCGAGAACAGGGCGAGUUGCGUUGGUUCGGGAAUCAGGAGUAGAUUCCAAGUAUCUCCGUGGAUAUUCCUUUCCUUUGUAGGUUAAGCUCUCUGGGGAGAAAGAUAUAAAAGUGGCACCAUGAAUCUACAUUUGGAAGAAAAGCUUUCACAGGGUUUUGGACACACACAUAUAUACAUAUAUAUAUAUAUGUUCCAUUUGGGGAAUUUUUAAAGUUUUUUCAUACAGUUGCAGACAAGGAUACAUGACACAACAAGAAAAAAGCAGGAAAGGCUUUUUUUUUUAUCUGUCUAUAGAUUUUAUGUUUUGUCUU